GUAAUAAUCUGUGCAAAUGCAAAUUCGUGUGGAAACUUUGGACGCUAGUUAGAUAUUUUUUUAUAUGGUUAAAGCUGAUAGCUUCGUAUCGCAUGAGGUAUUGCUGUUUGUGCUUUGCUGAAAAAAUAUCAAUUAAUCCUACUACUAUUAAUACAGACGAGGUGGUGUGCUUGUUUUUGAUCAGGUUUUUGAGGCUUGAUCUUUUGUAUAGUUUACUGUGGGAUAUGAAUAUUGAAUGCGUGAGGAUAAUAAAAUGGAUUUAAAUGUGAAUCCAAAGCUUGAAAAGGUUCUCCAGAAGCUUCUUGAACCUGAUUUUAAAAUAAAAAAUGAAGUCUACCUCAAUCAGCUUAUCAGUCAUAUAACUGAUCAGUCUGCCACUGCACUAGAUUCAAAAUCCAUCGACAAAGAGAACCGAUCUUAUUACGUGUCGUGGUUGAAAGCAGCGAUCGAAAAAUGGGAUAUGGUUUCACUACCCAGACAGAAUUUCCUCACGUUUGGUUUGCAUCUAGCAGCUUUCAUUUGUACCAAUGAACAGACCUUCGUCCGACUCAAUUGUGAGAACGUGUUUGAAAGGCUAGCUGCGAUUGCGAACAAAUUCAACAGUCCCAGUGUCAAAUUAGCGAAAAUAAAAUUGUUGACAGCAUUUCUGGAGCAUAAAUCUGGAUUACAGUGGGUUAUUUCUACUAAUAGUUGGAAUGAUGUACUGACGACAGCUUUGAAUUGUCCUACAGUGUACAUUUCCAAAGAAGCUUGCUUGUUUUUAACGAGACUACUUGAAAAAUCGAUCGAUAUGAACGAAGCUUUCUGCUCAAAUAUAAUGUACCUAAUACUCAUACCUUUGAAGGUAGAGAAAACUGGGAUAGAUGAAGAAUCGUACUAUAUGUCUCUGAAACCUUCACUGCAGCUCAUAUCAAAUAUUUUAGAGUUGCUUUUACAAAGAGCUACAGUGAAUUGUGUAGUAACGAAAAAAAUUCUAGCUAAGUUCAACGUGGAAAGGCAUUUGGCUGAAAUGAAGAGUACGCAGAAUAAAAACGUGUUUUUUAAUGUAUAUAGCAUCUUGCAUUUGAUUGGAUUCUUCGAACUGUUGUUUAAAUUUGGUGGCCUCCAAGAACCUCUUGAUAUCCAGAAAAUCAGUCAACCAUCGAUGAAGUAUUGUGGAAUAACUGAAAAGUUUGCCGAGUCUUUAUCAAACCCCCAGAUGCUUUGUUUUUUGGGCAAUAGUCUACGCUACUGGAGUCAUAUAAGAGACAAGAUGACGCCGGGUGAAAGCAAUGGAUCUAUACCAAUGCAGUUCGAAAAUCAAUUGAUGAUUCUACAGCUGUUGCCGGUAGCAAUGAUCAGCAUGAGGCUGAUCAAUCCAAAUCCGGAUAAUCUCUCCGGCAACGAUGACAUAAGGGAUAUGUUUUUCACUAAGAUAAUAAAAAACUCGCUUCCAAACACCUUCAGGGUGGUUUAUAAGUGGAAGGCCCGUUUCCCAAAUCAGACUUCGUUCAGCGAUGCUUCGAUGGGACUGAAGUAUUUUUUACAUUCCAAGCAGCAUUAUAGCAGAGAUGUGGCGAAUACAGCAUUCCAGAUGUUGCUUUACACACUGAGGAAAUGUUAAAUCAAAAAACCAAUUUGCUCUGAAGGGACGUCACGGAUGUGGUAAAGGAAAAGCCGCAGAUGGUGCCAUUGACAGGCGAAGCAGUAUCAUUCCUGGUUCUGUUACUAACGGCUAUCGUGGAGUUGAUCAAGGGAUUUAGCCUGACGUGGAAGGACAGCGUUGAAACUGUUUCAGUCUUGGAAAUAGCCUUCAAUUGUCUGAAUUUUCCAACGUGGCCAGCUAAAGUUGUAGUGAAAGGCCUGGAAUUAGUAGAUGUUGCCAUAUCGAAAUAUAUGUCACCUAAUAUGGCAUUAUUGAUAGAUAAAGUCCACGACUCAGUAAUGGGUCUGCUAGGGCCCAUGUUGUACGCAAAAUUACACGAUGUGCACUGGGAAGUCAGAGAUAGCGCUUUAGAAGUCAUCUGUACCAUCACGCGGAUAUCCAACAAAAAGUUCCCAUCUUAUAGAAAAGUAAUUCAGGAAGCUGAAUUCCCGUCAAUGGUUAUAAGACUUGCAAAAAAAGAUUCGGAAGCUUUCGUCCGAGCUAGCGCACUGAAAUGCUUGAAAGAGAUGAUUCAAGUUGAAGAUUUUUGGUGGGACUUCCAGAACAACUAUAAUAUUUUUGAGGAGAUCUUGAAUAUCCUUGUAUAUGAGCCAGAAGGUAUUGUUAGAACUGAAGCUGCAACAGUUGUGGCAACCAUUUACGAAUACCAAGAUGUACCUGAAAGUCAUUUAGGCAACAUGUACGACGUUGCCUCUCAUGCUGCUACUGCAGACCUCCACUGGGAGGUCAAAGCAAAAGCACUCAUGUUUUGGAGUAAGGUCAUUGAGAAACAUCUAACACAUCAAGGAAUGAUCGAUGGAACUUUUCCUGAGGUGACAUUUUCUAAGGAAAACAGGAAAAUAGUGACCUUGAAUGAUGCUGAGGUGAAAAAACGCUUAAUAAAAGUGCUCGAACAGUUAAGCGCAACAGGUUGUCUAGCAGUAUUCGCAGCCGCUUUACAGGACGACAGCGAUUUGGAAGUAGCGAAAACCGCUUUGGUUCUCAUUAAGGAUUUCGUGGCUAUGUUGAAAAAAUACAAAGUUACCGAACAAGACUUAGUUUUAAGCACACCAGUUAGCCCGUUGGAUAGUUUUAUCACAUCCCCUUUUCCGUCCGCAUCGUCCGUUAGAUCCUUAGAUUCCCAAUAUGGAACAAUGUCUCCGUCUUCAGAUGUGUUCCAAAUGGAUCUCGUUCAAGCCUCCACUCCGAUCAACGACACCAUCUUGGAGUCUAUUUUAGACUCCGAGGAUAUUGGAUUGCUAGAUUCCUUACCCCACUCAAGUCAGGUGACAGAGACGGUGAAUUUAAGAACGAAGCAAGUGAUGCCGAACAGCGUGUUUAUAAAUUUUAUCUACGGUGAUCUUGAUGGUAGACUCAAGGAGAGAAGUCGAUGGUUGAAACAAAUUGGUAGUUUUGAUUCGCUUCUGGAUGAUAUUCUGAAGGAUUAUCAAGUUGAAGGUGUCAACUCCAUGGAUUGCUAUUAAUAUUAUUUUGUUAAACAUGUAUGUUUGUCAAGGAGUGAAGAGGUUGGUUCGGCAUUUCAAGUGUACAUAUGUUUCAUCAGGAAACAAAUACCUACAUUUUCAAUUUUGCCUAAAAAUACUCGAUCUAAUUUUGACUUCGCACUCUUUCACAAUUAGGAUUAGGAAUGAGCACUGUAAGGAAAACAAGCAGUAUUCUCCAGCGAAAAGACAGAAACCUUUAAGUAAUGAUGUAAAAUUUUGUGUACGAUAUUGAGCUUCUCCGUAAAUAAUUAUUUAUGAUAUACAGAUAGCUUUUAACGUUUGUUGUAAAUCAUUGUCACGGAUUCUGUUUGUUAAAUAAACUUUAUACAUUUUGUA